AUGUUUCGCACACAGGCGCUUGCGUCUCUAAAGGGGAUAUUCCCGCCCAUCCACCAGCCUCUGCCCUUGACGCCGCGCGACUCGCAGCGCCUCCUCGACGCCCUCACAACAUCCUUUCGCAAGCAGCUCGACAAGGAGUAUGGCUUUGCCCCGGACGCCACCGCGGACGGCGGCAGCCAGAGCCACCACCGCCCGCCGACCGACCGACAUCUCCGCGCCAUCCUCAACAACCCGUUGUUCAGCCACAGCCACAUCCCCGACAAGGCGGCGGCGCUGCCCCAGGUCGACACGGGCCGGGACCCCAAGCUAGUCUUCCGCCAGGCAGUCGCAAAGGGUCUCAUGACCAAGCCGCGGGCCCUCGGCUUCCUGCUGACCGUCAUGGAGCAGGUCCGGCACUCGGCCGCGCCGUCGCUGAGGGCGGGCCUAAAGAACUCGGGAGCCGGCCUCCUCGUCGUGCAGUGGCUGCGGGCCUCGGGCCAGGAGCGGGAGCUGUCCUUCUUCGAGAGCGGGCACUUCAUAUGGGUCCUGCUGCAGUUCAUGGUCGCCGAAGACUUGGAGCCGCUGGUGUGGACCUGGCUAGAGCGGCUCGCCAAGGGAGACAUGCCCGCCGAGUCCAAGAAGCAGGCCGCGCUGAAUGCCGAGACGAUGCUGCGCCGGCUAGUGUCUGUCAAAUGCCUGUACUGCGAACUCGAGGACGCCAUCGCCACGAUCCUGCGGGGCGAGGCCCUGCUCAAAGCCAGCAACGUGCCCGUGUUCGCCCUUUACCUGAACUGGCGCAACCUAGCGUGGCAAGCAACGGCCGUCUCGUGGAAGUACCCGCCGCCCGCGGCCAAGUCCUUUGAUUCUCUGGUCGACAUGCAGGAGCGUGUGGCGACGUCGCGCCGCCGCGCCCACGCCAGCACGGAGCUGCUGUCCCAGAAAGCACACCUGGAGCUCCACCACCCGGACAGCCCCGACCCGACGCGCGCGGUCGAAGUUCUGACGAGCGAGAAGACGUGGCUCUUUGACGUGCCCAGCGCCGCCAGCCGCAACUACCACAUCAACCUGCUGCAGUCCAUGGGCCUCGACGCGGUCCGCCAUCUCACCAAAGCGGGCGAGACAAAGGUGGCCCAGGAUAUUCUAGAGCGCAUCUAUACGCACCUGGUGCCCAAUUUCUCGGACCGUAUCAUGCCUGCACGGUGA